AAAUUUAUAAUUAAAAACUAAAAAUGGCUCUAUCCGAAGGUGUUAAAGAACGUUUGGAGGUUGUCUAUGAAAUUGCCAAGACCACUUUCCAUUGGGGUUUUGUACCCAUGGUCUUGUAUUUGGGUUUCAAGAAAGGCGCUGAACCCGGUAUGCCACCAUUGUCCUUGAUGUCGUUGUUGUGGCAAUAGAGGAGGAGCAUUAGCAUUUU